AUGGAGGAUCUUCACCAUUCAUCGAAUUCACAAAUGCAAUCGCUGAAAUCCAUACUCGCUCAGAACAAAUUUAGACAUCAUCAAAAUAAUUAUGAAUGUGUGGAUUCUGAUGAGUCGCCAGUGACAUCAGCUUCUACCGUGGAACCCUUGUCACCAUUUCCAAGCAAUAACCAACACAACGGCCAAAACAUUCACAACAACCUUGGUUUUGAUUCUCCUCCAAAAUUAAUCAUCCCCAAUGUAGCAUCAUCAACAAAUGAGUCAUGUGAAUCUUAUCAGAAUCAACAUUCUCAACUAAAACCUAAGAAGUUGGAUUUUUCGAUUGAUUUAUCUUCAGCAUUGGAUAAUAGCUCUGGGACGAAUAUAGAUCAUAUAAAUAAAUUUGUUAGAAUUAUUCAAUCAAAUCAUAAACAAAUUGUUAAUUUUGAAACAAAUCAAGAAUAUUCAUGUCUACUUCACCGCAAGUGA